GCAGGUUUCUGAAAAAAUCAAAGGAAAUUUGAAGUUUGAAAUUAAGAAUGGGUAGUGAGGCGGUGGAGUUUUUGUAUGAAAAUGGUUUCUCGAAGGUUUGCAGCGAGACAGUAAAUCAGAAGAAGAAUGGGAAGCAGCAUCAAGAUUGUUGCUGGUUUGAAGAAGAGAUAGACGAUAAUCUCAAAUGGUCAUUUGCUUUGAACAGAGUGCUGCAUAAAGGCACAAGUAAAUACCAGGAUAUUGCUCUUUUGGAUACAAAACGUUUUGGAAAGGUGCUUGUAAUUGAUGGGAAGAUGCAGAGUGCUGAAUCGGAUGAAUUUAUUUAUCAUGAGUGUUUGAUUCAUCCCUCUUUCUUAUGUCACCCAAGUCCAAAAACUGUAUUCAUAAUGGGAGGAGGGGAAGGGUCUGCUGCCAGGGAAGCUCUCAAGCACAAGUCAAUUGAAAAAGUUGUCAUGUGUGAUAUUGACCAGGAAGUGGUUGAUUUCUGCCGAAGAUACCUCACAGUAAACCAAGAGGCGUUUUGUAACAAGAAGCUUGAUCUAGUUGUUAAUGAUGCCAAGGCUGAAUUGGAGAAGAGAAAUGAGAAAUUUGACAUCAUAGUGGGGGAUCUAGCUGACCCUGUAGAAGGAGGGCCUUGCUAUCAGCUCUACACAAAAUCCUUCUACGAGCGAAUUCUGAAGCCUAAGCUUAAGGACAGUGGCAUCUUUGUUACCCAGGCUGGACCAGCAGGCAUUUUCAGCCACAAGGAAGUCUUUUCAUCUAUUUACAAUACGAUUAAACAGGUCUUCAAGCAUGUGCUGGCAUACACAGCUCAUGUUCCCUCUUUUGCAGAUACCUGGGGAUGGGUUAUGGCGUCUGACCAACCAUUCUCUGUCAAAGCUGAGGAAAUCGACUGGAGGAUUGAAGACAGGAUUAAUGGUGAAUUACUCUACCUGAAUGGCGCUUCAUUCCUCUCCUCUGCCACAAUGAAUAAGGCUGUUUCUUUAUCGUUGUUGAAUGAAACUCAUGUCUACACGGAGGAAGAUGCAAGAUUUAUUCAUGGAUAUGGUGUGGCUUAUAACCGCAAUUGAGGUCUUGGACCUCAAUUUGGUGGGGGGAAUUGCUGUAGAGAAAUAUGAAAUAGAACCUAUAUUAAGCUUCUCUAGGAAAUCAAUCAAAUAUAUUGUUAGAAGCAUUUGUGGUUAGAUAUUGGCUCCAUUGGGGUGUUUAUAUCAGUCAAUAAAAUAAACUAAUCUUAUGACA